UAUACUGCACAAUACGCCGAAUCAAGAAACAACUCUCCGAAAAAUUCGUCUCUCCCCCUCUAAAACCCUAGUAAAGCAUUUGUUCAAUCGAUCGUUAACAGAAAAUACUCGAUCUCAGGUUUGCAGCAAUCAAUCUUUCUCAGAGUUUUAGGGUUUCGAUUUUUAGGGUUUCCUAUUUAGGUUUCUGUAAUUUGGAUUCGUUUAGAUUUUUUUUAUUCGUCUUUUGUGUUACUGUGUUACCGAAUGAUUGAAGGCGCUGAGAGAGAUCCGUAUUGUCAAUGAAUUGAAUGAUCAGUAACGAUUUGGGUUUUCAUUGAUUUGUUAGAAUUGGGUUUUCGAGGUUUUAUUCGGCAAAGAAAGAUUUCAUUGGAUUAAAGGCGUCUCUUUCUAUAUGUAUGAUUAACGGUAUCUAUAUGUAUAUUUUGUGUUUAGUAUGGCUAUAAAAGCAACGAGAAGAGUUUCGGAUACGAAUGAAAGAUCAUCAGUUUUCAAUCGACGAGGAGGAGGAGGAGGACCAGUGGUGAACAAAGUUUGUUCCUAUUGGCUUGCUGGAAGAUGUACCAGAAAGCCAUGUCGGUUCUUGCACAGUGAAGAAUCACUGCCCCAAAAAUCUAAACAACAAUGUCACAGAGGAUCACCAUACAACAAAUAUCCUGGGUCGAACACUUGGCAGAGGAGUCCCAACUAUGGCCCCAAAAAGUCAUCUGCCCCUCCAAGUGGUGGAGCUGGGAGUGGAGCUAAAAGCCCCAAAAAGUCAUCUUACCCUCCAAGUGGUGGAGCUGGGAGUGGAGCUAAAAUUAUUGAAAAGACCCCAGAAAAAGCCAUAUGCCAGUACUGGAUAGUGGGAAACUGUGUGCAUGGAGACCAGUGCGGGGACUUGCAUUCAUGGUUCAGUGGCAAUGGAUUUUCAGUGAUAACAAAGCUAGUAGGGCAUACUAAGGAUGUUACUGGGAUUGCCCUUCCUUCGUGCUCCAACAAACUUUAUUCGGGGAGCAGGGACAAAUCUGUGCGGGGUUGGGACUGCGUUACUGGUCAGUCUGUUGGUGUUCUUAACCUUGAGGGUGAAAUUUAUUCGAUGAUUAGUGAAGGUCCAUGGGUGUUUGCGGGUUUGCAAAAUGCUGUUAAGGCAUGGAACACCCAGAGUCAUACUGACCUGACUCUUGAUGGACCAGUUGGGGCAGUUCACGCCAUGGCUGUGGGUAACGACGUCCUUUUUGCUGGAACUCAGGAUGGUACCAUAUUGGCAUGGAAAUCCGGUUCCGUUGAGCUUGCUGCAGCAUUGAAGGGUCAUAGCGGUGCUGUUGUUUCCCUUGUUGUUGGAGCUAAUAGGCUCUACUCUGGUUCCAUGGAUCACACCAUAAGGGCGUGGGAUCUCGACACUUUAAAGUGCAUUCAUACACUAAAUGGGCACACAGACACUGUGAUGUCAGUUAUUUGCUGGGACAUCUUCUUAUUAUCUUGUUCCUUAGAUAGAACAAUAAAGGCUUGGGCUACUACUACUGAUGAUGGGAACUUGGAAGUAAUCCACACACGCAAUAUGGGGCAUGGUGUUCUUACCAUCUGUGGGAUACAAGAUGCCGAAAAAAAACCAAUCUUGCUUUGCUCAUUGGACGACAACACUGUGUGCUUAUUGGAAUUACCAUCCUUUAAAGAAAGGGGCAAAAUAUUUGCCAAGGGGAAAGUUGGAGCAAUUCAGAGAGGUCCUGAAGGCCUAUUCUUCACUGGUGAUGCAAUAGGGGAGCUGAGUGUCUGGAAAUUGUCGGAAGAGUCCAGCAUGGUGGCAGCUUCUUGAAGAUGAUACCUAACAAUGCUCUGUCUGUCCCAAACUAAAUGGUGUCGUGUAGCCAUUUUGUAUAGAGGCAACCCCAUUAUUUGCACUGUAAUUGUUACUACAUUUCUUUGUACUCUCUUAUCCCAAAGUGAUGAGAAGCAAAAACCAAAAUUACUCAUUUUUGCCCCUUUUAGAUGCCAGAAUAUACAAAGGGGCCAUAUUGAUGUUAUUGUUGUACUUGUAACCAAUUUAAUCAAUCAAUGCAGCAAUUCUGCAAGCAAAUUUAAUUGUUCAAAUUUUUCCUUUUGUCC